UGUCAGUGUGGAGAGAGUUCGGUUUGGAGUGUCUGAUAAUUCACUUUAUUUCGAAAUUCGAUACCUACCACGCGAUUUGAUGAAAGUCACUUGGUGCUGCACUGCUGGAUGAAGAUGGAAGGGAGCACAGUCACUCAGCCAGCAUGUGGGGAUCACCGCCUGACGGCGGAGGAGAUGGACAGCCAGCGGCAGCAGAGUGUCGCCUACGAGUACCUCUGCCGGCUGGAGGAGGCCAAACGCUGGAUGGAGGCGGUGCUGGGGGAGCCGCUGCCGCCCACCACUGAGCUCGAGGAGUCGCUGCGCCACGGCGUACACCUGGCGCGCCUGGCGCUGCGGCUGCGUCCGGACGGUGCGCGGCGCGUCUACGACCCGGACCUGGCGCGCUACGCGGCGCGCGGCCUCCAGUUCCGGCACACCGACAACAUCAACCUGUGGACGCAGACCAUGCGCGAUAUGGGUCUACCGCAGACUUUUAUCCCGACCACCACCGACGUGUACGAGAAGAAGAACAUGCCCAAGGUGAUCUACUGCAUCCACGCGCUGAGCCUGUUCGCCUUCAAGCUGGGCCGCGCGCCACAGAUGCUCGACCUGCUCGGCAAGGCGGUGUUCACCGAGGCGGAGAUUGACGCCAUGUCGGCCGAGCUGCGCAAGUACGGCCUCAGCCUGCCGACGUUCGGUAAGAUCGGCGGCAUCCUGGCCAGCGAGAUGCCGGUCGACAAGGCCGCCCUGCACGCCGCCGUCAUCGUCAUCAACGAGGCCGUCGACCGACAGGUACCGGCGGAAACUCUGGCCGGCCUGCAGAACCUGCACGCCCACCUGCGGGACGUCUCGGCGGAGAACGCCCACCUCUACCAGGAGCGACUCUGGGACGCCAAGAGGGCCAAGGUGGAGGCUGCCCAGAACAGGUCGCUCUCUGAGACGUUCGAGGCGGACGUGUACGACGAGCUGCUGACCCAGGCCGAGAUCCAGGGACACGUGGCGGCGGCCAACCGGUCGGCGGCGCUCGGCCAGCUGCACUCGGCUGUGUCGGCUGGGGACAGCGGCCGGCUGCUGGCGGCGCUCUGUAGCCCCGCCCUGGGCCUCCAGGGCGUGUCGCCGGACGCGGCGGCCGGCUACCUGGACGGUCUGCGGCGGGCCACCAACGGCCACCCGCUCUCGGCGGAGGAGGUACAGACGGUCGUCAGUCGUGUGAACCAGCUCUCCAGCCAGCGACACAGAGAGGAGGAGCUGGUGGCGGCCGUGAACGGCUGUCUGGCGGCUCCGGACGCCAGCGCCGGCCGGCUGCUGGCGCUGUUGGACCAGCUGCGGUCGCCGGACGCCGGCGCGCUGCCCGGCUGGGCGGCGCCGCUCUUCCUGCGCGAGAUGGCCGCCGUGCGCCGGGAGCAGGCGGCCGACCUGAGCGCGGCGGCCGUGCGCGGCGCGUUGGGCCUGCUACCGGCCGUGGCGCGGGUGAACGCGGCGCUGGCCGCCGGAGAGCCGGCCGCCCUGUGGCGCGCCCUCGCAGACCCGGCCGUCUACAUCCUGGACCUGGACGAGAGCUGCAGCCGGCGCUACCUGUCGGCGCUGACGGCCGUCAGUCGCGCGGUGCGCGCCGAGACCCCCGACUGUCCGUUCGUCACACACGCGCUGCUGCAGCGCACUGUCGACGACGUGAACGCCGACGUACAGGAGGAGCAGGACAAGGUGGAGCUGAUUGAGCGGGUGAACCGGGCCGUGCUCGCCGAGGACGACGGGGCGCUGCUGACCGCGCUCACCAACCCCAUCCUGGGCUACAGCAGCGUCGGAGAGCAUAACGUCCGCCACUGUCUGCAGCUGCUGCAGGAGGUGCAGCAGGAGCAGGACGGCGGCGACGGCGACGGCCUCCUAUGGUUGGAGCACGUGGACCAGGCCGUCCGCAACGCCCUCGUCGACCACGAGCUGGCCGAGCGGGCGUGCGCGGCGCUGUGCGAGCUGAACGGCCCGGCGCCGGCCGGUGGCCUGUCGGCGGACCGCCUGGUGGCGCUGCUCUCGCUACCCUGCCUGGGACUACACGAUGUCUCGCCGGGCCUGGCGCAGCACUACCUAGCCGCGCUGAGACGGCACCGCGCCGCCGGUCAGCACACACAGGGUUCGUCGGGCGCGUGGGUUCGCCACUCUGUGGGCGGCGCGGUGGAGGCCUACCUGGACCUGAGCGGCGGCCGGGUGAGCUGGCAGCCGCCCGACGGCCACCAGAUCGGCGGCCACUGGCUCGACCAGACCACACUGCAGGCACUGGUGACGGAGGCGGCGCUCGGCGAGGCCGGCAGACAGUGUCCGGAGCGGUGGCUGGUCCCGCUGCAGGCAGCUGCCAGGGGUCUGCUGCUGCGCCGCCGGAUCCGCCAGAGGCGUCUCUUCCUCAGCCGGCACACGGACCAGAUCGUCCGCAUUCAGGCCUGGUGGCGCGGCGUGCGCCAGCGGCGGCGCUUCCUGCUGCAGCGCGCCGCGCGGAUGAAGGAGCGCGUCGACCAGCUGCGCCGGGAGGUGGACGAGCUGAGGGAGCGACGCGAGUGGGAGGAGGGCGUCCUCGCCCGGUACAAGCCGCACGAGGAGCUGGUGGUGCGGCUACAGCGCUGGUGGCGGCGGCACCACCUGCGCCAAGAGUUCCAGCAGCUGGCCGGCCGGGCGUCGCCCUCGGUGCCGCUGCUGAGGAAGUUUGUCCACCUGCUGGAUGUGCGCGGCGCCGACUUCAAGGAGGAGGUCCAGCUGCAGAAGCUGAAGGCGGACGUGGCGCAGAUGAUCCGCAAGAACCAGAUGCUGGAGCGCGAUCUGGACACGCUGGAUGUGAAGAUCGGCCUGCUGGUCAGAAACCGCAUCAGCCUGCAGGAGGUGCUGAUGCACAGUAAAUCGAUGGAUGCCGCCAACAAGACGGGUACGCUCCCCAACAAACUGGGCACAAUGUCCCGCGGCCAGGGUCUGAAGGCGCUGAGCCGCGAGAGCCGCGCGCGGCUGUCGCUGUACCAGCAGCUGUUCUACGAACUGCAGACGCGGCCCGAGUACCUGGCGCGCCUGGUGUUCGCGCUGCCGCCCGGCCAGUCGGGGCGCUUCCUCGAGUCAGUGGUGCCCAGCGUCUUCAACUACGGCGCCAACGACCGCGACGAGUUCCUGCUCGUCAAACUGUUCCGCAUCGCGCUCCAGGAGGAGGUCAGGUCUCGGGUGGACCGUCUGUCGGACGUGGUGACCGGUAAUCCGAUGGUGGUUCGGCUGAUCGUGCAGUACAGCCGGCGCCACCCGCUGCGGCCCGUGCUGGGCCCGCUGGUGGAGCGGGUGCUCACAGACCGCAGCCUGCUCAUCAACACCAGUCCCGUGGAGAUCUACCGACACUGGGUGAACCAGCAGGAGGCGCAGACCGGCCAGCCCUGCGGUCUGCCGUACUCGGUGACCCAGGAGGAGGCCCUCCAACACCCCGAGGUCAGCCGCCGACUCAGCCGUGCCAUCCACUGCCUCAAGGAGGCCUCCAACAUAUUCCUCGACGAGAUCUUCAACGCGGUCGACCAGCUGCCCUACUGCCUGCUCUACUCGGCCAGGGUGCUGCGCCAGGCGCUGCACGACAAGUUCCCAGAGGCGCCCGAGAAGGACGUGCUCAAGGUGGUCGGUAACCUGGUCUACUACCGGUACAUCAACUCCGCCAUCGUGGCGCCGGACGCCUUCGACAUCGUCACGCUGCCGGCCGACCAGGCCAUGACGCCCGACCAGCGCCGCAACCUCGGCAGCAUCGCCAAGAUCCUGCAGUUCGCCGCCAGCAAGAAGGGCUUUGGCGACGAGGCCGGCCACCUGCAGGCGCUCAACCCGUUCAUUGUCAGCGCCCACGAGCGCUUCAAGGAGUUUGUGCGCGCGUGCUGCGCAGUGCCCGAGCCCGAGCAGCACUACGGCCGCAACGAGUUCACCGAGGCGACGCUGAUGGCUCGGCCGGUGGUGUACGUGUCGGCGCAGGAGCUGUGCGACACCCACCGGCUGCUACUGGAGCACGAGGCGGCCGUGGCGCCGGCGCGCGACGACCCGCUCCACCAGCUGCUCGAGGAGCUCGGCGACCGGCCCAGCCUGGAGGGCGUACUGGGCGCCGACGAGGCCGGCCACCCGCACCCGGAGCGUGUCGAGGUGCGCCUGGAGCUGCAUCCGCGCGCCGAGACCAUCGACGACCACGGCAUGUCGGCCGACCGGGUGUUCGUGCAGGCCAAGCAGCUGCUGGUGGACGUGAUGCGCUGCACCGAGGACGCCGACGUGGCGGCGUGCGCGCGCUCCGAGCCCACUGAGCUGAUGGAGCGCGCGUACCGCGCCGUGCUGCAGCAGCGCGGCGCGGCAGAGCGGCGCCGCCACGGCCACCAGCUGCUGUCCCGCAGCGGCUCCUUCCUGGCGCAGCCGUGCGCCUCGCUGGAGGAGGCCAAGGACGCGCUGCUGGAGCGGCUGCGGCUGCUGGAGGGCGCCGGCCGCGCGCACCGCGCCGACGACUACCGGCCGCUGCGCGAGGCCGUGGCCGCCGACAUCGUGCACCAGCGCCGGCACCGGCAGCAGCGCCGCCACGAGCUGGUCAAGCUGCGCCGCACCGCAGACUCGCUGGAGAAGAAGCGCGCCUUCUACCAGGAGCAGGCGGCCUACUUCAGCCAGUACCUGGAGACGUGUCUGCAGGCGAUGGCGGCCGGCCAGCGCACCAAGCGGGCGGCCGCGCCGCGACGCUACUCUGCCGCCCGACUCAAGGAGAAGGGCGUACUCAUCAGCAUCGAGGGCAUGCAGCCGGCAGAGCUGAAGGGUGUGCAGUUUGAGAUCUCGCCGCUGGCCGCCGAGGGCACGUUCCAGGUGAACGCCAAACUGCUCGGCGUGCAACUGGAGCGGGUCGAGAUCAGCCUACAGGAGCUGCUGCAGCUGCAGUACGACGGCGUCUCCGUCAUGGACAUGUUCGGCAGGGUGAGGAUCAACGUCAACCUCCUCAUCUUCCUCCUCAACAGCAAGUUCUACGGCAAGACCAAGAAGUGAGGCGCGGCGCCGUCGGGCCGGCGUGUGCCGCGACACCCGGUCGGGUCUGUGGGCCCUCCGCGCCUGUGUCACACGCCGUGACGUCAGACUCGGAGCCGCCGUCACACGCUGUCCACGGGGGCUGGUGCACAGCUGUACAUAUCUCCGAGCUCGGGAGCAGCUCCAGUCUUCAGCUUCCUCUAUCCACUAGCGUUAGGGCGGCGACGGGGCGGUGUGCGGGUCGCGGAUCCCGGGGCAGUGUCCGCUCCAAACCGGGUCCGUCCGGCCGUCUGCCAGCAGGGUAGUCACGAGCGGAACGAAAUGGUGCUAAUGGGACCACACCACAUGUAGGUGCUUUAUAGAAUAUGGCGUGUACGGCAUUGUACGCGCCCGGCGGCUGCCUUUAUGGGGUGUUAUUUUACGACGAUGGGUCCUUGUCACCACCGUCCUGCCGUCCAGCCAUUGGCGUCUUGUAGCAGCUGACAAUCAGAGGCCGGGGAAAUGUGUGCAGCUGGGGGGACGGCAGCGCAGGUGUGUGUGUGUGUGUCUGUGUGACGUGUCACUGCGGCGAGUUUGACGCACUGACAGUAACUGUUGCAGCCGGGGGCGGACCCGCCGCCUGCACCGAACGGGUGGGACCGUCCGCCGGGGCACACGACUAUUAAUAAACAAAGCGUAAUCUGUAUUAAACACAAACAAAUGAGAUGCGAUGGCGCGGGGUGGGCCGAGGCCGGCGGCCUACACUUCGUCCUCGUUGAGCAGCAUG